UUCCUGCUCCUCCCAGGUCGAAGAUGGCAGCCGCUCGACGAGGAUGAGCGACGACACGUUAGAGUUCUGUCAUGAAACAACAUUGGGCUAUGGAGCUGUUACUGUCGUUGGUUUGACAUGACACUAGUUUAAUUUAGUAUCGAGCUACUUUUUUCCCACGUAACAAGACCGUUGAAGAAUCGCUAAAAAAACAUGCAUUUCUGUUGGCUAAGCUAGCAAGCAGCGGUGGGCAAAUAAAUGAACUUGUCUCGUCAGCUACGCAAGAGGAAGCAUCACCUUUGCAAACGAUCAGUUCCAUCAUGGCCAUCACUCAGUUUCGUCUAUUUAAGAUCUGCACAUGCCUAGCCACUUUGCUGUCUUUCCUGAAGAGAUUGGUAUGCAGAAGUGGAAGGGGCCGGAAGCUCAGUGGGGAUCAAAUAACCCUCCCAACAACAGUGGAUUUUUCAUCAUCUGCACCAAAACAGUCUGCACAGCCUGAGGUUGAAGAAUGGAGUUCAUGGGAUGAAGAUGCACCUACAAGUAUUAAGAUUGAAGGUGGCAAUGGAAACGUCCCCCCAUCACCCAAUGAAGAAGAUGAAGAACCCGACUACUUCAAAGACAUGGCGCCAACCAUUAGGAAAACGCAGAAGAUAUUGUUAAAGAAAAGGGAGCCUUUGAACUACCUGGUGCCUGACGGCUCAGCUGGUUUCUCCAGUAGACUGGCAGCCUCGCAGGAUAUAAUGACCUUUGGUGCACCCUCAGCGGAGCUAGGCGAAAUGGACAACUGGCAAGAGGACACCAAUGCCUGGGAGGAUGAGUCUGAUGCCACCUGGGAAGCAGAAGAAGUACUCAGACAGCAGAAGCUGGCCGAAAGAGAAAAACGAUCCAUGGAACAGCAGAGAAAGAAGAUGGAGAAGGAGGCUCAGAGGAUGAUGAAGAAAGAGCAGAAGAUGGCUGUCAAGCUUUCAUAACAUCAGUUUUGAGCCAGAGGGAUAUAAGGGAAAGACACUGAAUUAGUCAUGAGUUUAUUUUUAAGUCAGAAAACAACAUUGUCAGCAACUUGCCCCCCUCCCCCAUCCUUUCUCUACCAGCAGCCAUUUAAGUGUUUUCUUGCAGCAGGCAUGAAACCUUGGGGCCCGCUAAGAUUCACCCAUGCAAUUUUGGUCAUAUGGUCAAAUUGUGCCGUAAAUUCCGGUGUAUAAGUCACACUAAUGUUGAAUGUCCACAUCAUAAAAUGACAUUGUGGCACGCACGAGUCUGUGAGGACCAGGCAGCUCUGUAUUUGACAGGAGCCAAUUAUAAACUACAAACAAACGGACAAGCUUGUCAACCCUUUGGAAAUUGCAGGGCGGCUUGUAGUUUCAUCUUGUAAACAACAUACUAAUAUGAAAUAAAAAUAAUAAACAGCAGCUAUUUUAACUUCUACCAUUAAUGCAUUACUAUCGGUGGACAAGUAAUAUAGAUGAUGACGAUGCAAUGCUGCUUCUGUCUACCAGAGGGAUCACAGAGCCCAGAGAGAGACUGACGUCAUUGCAGCACUUCAAAGAAUGUGUUCAUUUUCAAUUUGUAUUGCUACAUGGUUGUAUAUUUCUGAGGUAUACUUUUGGAGUGAUGGCCCUUGAAGCGCUAAAGUUGUGACUUGUGACAACAUUGCUGAAUUUAAAAAGUUAUUUCAGCAAACAUGGUACCAACAGUAGUUAAUACUUAACACUAGGAGAUGACGGACAGCUGCAUUUGGGGGCGUGGUUUUAUGCAAAGUGUAGACGUUAAUACAGCUUGUGAUUGGCUCCUGCCAAAAAAAGACUUACCGGCACAGUAUUUAAACAAUUAUUAGUAGUUCUGAAGUAAAGGAGAUGUCACAAGAUUAGAAUUUAGCUAUAUAUUAGCCGCCCUGAUGUAUAAGCCGCAGGGUUCAAAGAUUGAGAAAGAAGUAGCGGCUUAUACAUUGGAAUUUACGGUAUUUAUCUGCCCCAAUCUAUUUUAGGUUUAUCAACCGCACCAUGUACUUGACAUUGUGGUUGCAGGUGCUAUAGUCAGCACAGGCCCUGUUCAAGGUAUGUAAAUAAAGUCAACCUUUUCAAAAUCAUAUAAGGCCAACUGUAGUGUUUUUUAUUUCUGUAAUGUUUGUUUUUUUAUAUUUACUUUGUUCUUGAAGUGUCUCAUUUACUUGUAUUGCUCUUCUCCGAUCACACUGUACAUCUUCAAGAAUUAAAUAAUUUGAGAUAAA